UUGUGUGAAGUCAUCAGUGGUCUUUCUAAUGUCCCUCUAUCUCAAGUUCUGUAAAAGUGACAACCAAAAAGCUCUAGAUCUUCUGCUAUCACAUGAUGUGUCUAGCUUUUACGGACAUUAUCUACAGGGUUGGUUAUUUUAUGAAAACAUGAAGUUAGACGAAUCGAUGAACAGCCUUAAUCUGUGCAUAAACAUGAUGGACGUUACAGACUGCUCCAAAGCUGCUGCAUUGUGUAUGGCUGGCUGUUGUUUAGCCAAAAAGGACAAGCCUAAUAUGGCGAUUGCUAAGCUUAAAGAGGCCUUGUCAUUUGACUUUGAUCAUCUUGAUGCUUUGUUUCACAUUGCUCAACAACAACAAAAACUCGAGGAAUAUGAUGGCGAGAUGAAAAGCUUGCACUAUCUCUGUGAGGCUUUAGAAACACAAAAUAAAAGCAAYAGUAUUCCCAUAUGCGCAACUUCAUUGCUUCAAGGGCCGUUUAUCCCUUUUGUGAAAAGUUUAUAUGGAAAAACGAUUUCGCUUGAAUACGCACGUUACUGGCUUGGAAAACGUUGUCUACAAUUACACAGGUUUUCUGAAGCCUCUGAUGCCCUUAUUGACGUCGUUGCAGCGGUGACAUCAGACAAGUUUCAGGCAUCAGUUUCUGAUAACACGCUACCAUCUUCCGUAUAUCUUUACCGUGACUGUGCAUUCGCGAUGCUCAAAGCCAAUAAGACUAAAGAAUGUGUUACGCUUUGUGAUCAUGGGAUCAAAGUUCUAGAGGAUGUAGAUUGCGUAACGGCGACAAAAGAUAGAGUUGGAAAGCGACAAAGACAAGCUAUGGAAUACACAGCAAACGCCAUACUGGAGUUGAUGUUGUGCAAGGCUUUCGCGAUGUUGAGUCUUGGCCAACCGUUAAUCUCUCUACAAAUUCUACAAAG